AUCAGGUGAGUCUUCUGAGUUUCGAGUCUUUUUGUUAGUUGUGCUUCACUCUUUCUCCAAGUUUCAUCAUUUUGAAGUCCAAUCAUAAUGGUUUGAUCUUUAGAUUCUGAAAUUUAUUGUCUUCUUUUAUAUAAGUUUUUGCUUUUGGUUUGGUUUACUAUUCAGGUCUAUAUGAUGAUGGUUGCUAAGCUAGUUUGUACCAUUUUCAUCCGGAGCUGUCUCUGGCUGUUACUGCUCCCUGGCUUGACCCGUGCAAUGGAGUCCGACAUAACUUGCCUGAGAAGCUUAAAGUCCCAGCUUAAGGACCCCCAUGCAUAUCUGUCUAACUGGGUAUUUGGAGACUACAGUGACGGUUAUAUCUGCAGCUUCUUUGGCAUGUACUGCUACCGUAGUAGCCUUAAUAAGGUGCUAAGCAUCAAUCUUGGCGGGUCCGGUCUGGAGGGAGAGUUUCCUAGCGGUGUUAAACUAUGUUCAUUCAUGGAGAGUCUAAACCUUACUGGAAACAACCUCACUGGCACUCUUCCAUCAGACACAUUCUCAUCUCUUCCAUUUCUUGUUACUCUAGACCUCUCCAACAACAACUUGGCUGGUGAAAUCCCUGCUAGUUUGCCAAACAUGUCCUACUUAAACACGCUUUUGCUUGAUCAUAACCGGUUCACGGGUCGCAUCCCGUCCGAGUUAGCCUCAAGUCCAGGACUUCUACAGUUCUCGGUGGCUCACAAUGAUCUUAAAGGCCCCAUUCCAGAAUUCACCGCUGGAAACAUAUCUCUCUCGAGCUUUGAUGACAAUCCGGAUCUGUGUGGUUUCCCGCUGGAUCCCUGCCAAGACUCUUUCUAUUCCAUGGCCAUUAUAGCAGCCAACAUUGCUGCAGCUGCAUUUUUUCCUGUAGGUGCAUGCUACGGCUGGUUAUAUGAUAGCCACAAACAGAAUCAACGACCAAGAAGACGUUAAAGCAAAGUCCUUACCAGAUAAAAAGUACAGUCCACUUGUUUCAGUGAAUCUUGUUGUAUCUUUAGCACACAUAGUUAUCAUGUUAUGUAACAAACCCCAAAAUAAAUUUAACUUUGCAGUCUUUGAACAAAAAAAAAAAGCAGCUAGCAAAUGGGAGUUUUCUUAUAUAUUGUAGUAUUUGUAACAAAGUCUGCCAUGUGAAGCCUAACGUAACCCAUACUUUACGCUUCAGUGCUAACUAUAUAACCAACUUGGUGCAUAUUCUUCUUUGGAGGUGUUUUGAGUCAGUGUAGUGAUACAAACAUCUUCAAAGUUUUUAAUAUCACAGCUAAACCAGUGGAGAGGAUAAACCGGGGAAAACAUCAUGAAGCAAGCAUUAAAAAAAGACUCUGCAUCUCGUCUUGUUUCUUUAGAUUUGGUUGACUUUCAAAUUUCUGAUUAUUACCCCAUGUAAUCAUCAAUUCUGUAUUUAGAAAAUAUUUUCAAAUAUUUAUUUGGUAUAAAUAUCUCCUAACAAUUAAAAUUACUAAUCUAGUAAUUUGAAAUGAGUACUUUCAAAUCUACUAUUGUUUGUGUUAACUGUUAAGAUAAAUAUAUAUAUAUAUAUAUAUAUUUACUCUUCAUGAUUUUAAAAUUUGUAACAACUUUUUCUAAUUCACCGGAAAAAAACAUUUUGAAACUUAUCAUAAUUUAAUUCAUGCAAAUUACCCUAUUUUAUUUGAUUGAAUACAUUUAAAACUCUCUUUUAGAUGGUCUGAAAAAGCUCUCUUUUAAGACAAUCCAUCCUCUCUCUCUGUUCCAGUUCCAAGUUCCAACAAAUCUCCGACCAAAAGCAAAAGCAUCCGCAGAACUAGAUUCCUCAAUGGAAGCAUCUGAGCCAAAAACUAACUACACACCCACCGUGGAGACAAUGACGUCACCUGCUUCUUCCUCCGCCGCCACCACAAGCGUCCACGUAAGCGCUCUCGACGGCCUCGUCAACGUGAACUCCCUCUUCACCAUCGCCGUCUUCGUAGGUCUCUCCAUAGCCACUCCAGGACAGCACAGCCUCGAGCUCCGGUCCAGCUGCGACGCGAGCGCCGACGUGGCGAGGAAGCUGCUGGUAUUCGAAGUCGUCUCCUUCAGCUUCUUCCUCUUCUCCUCUCUCGUGGCUCAGGGUCUCAAGCUCGCACUGAACCUUCUCAACAGCAAAGACGUCGACGAGAUUUUCAGAGCUCAUAUUAAUAUCACGGUGCUGAGAUGGGGAAUGAUGGCGUCUGCUGUCGGAUCUGUGAUGGGUUGUUUGUUCUUGAUGCUGUCUAUGGUUAAUGUGAUUCAGAUCCGUUUAGGGUUGCUUUCUUGCGGCAGUGAGUCGUCGGCUCAGGCGGUUGCGACGCUGGUGACGCUUGUUUCCUCUGCUCUCUUGGUUUAUAUCUCUACUGCUAUUUAUGCUUUCUGGCAUUGAAAGUGAUUUGAAUCGUCAGCAUUGGAUUAUACAGAGAAAAAAUUAUUUUGCUAGUCAUUGGCUUUAUUUUGAUUGGCCAAUGUAAUUUAUCAUUGUCUUUAAAUCUUUUUUUUUGUUUGUUUUCUGGUUAAAACAGUUUCUCUAUAUUUCUUUGUUUUAUGAACACAAGCGAAGCUGUGUGUAUUUUUUGUUGUUUUAUUCAGCUGAGGGGUUUAGUGAAACUAUUGGACUUUA